UGUGAGAUGGGAAAGCUCACAGCCGCUCCAUCACGGCCCAGCAAGCAAUCUUCAACCGGAAAAUGGAAUAAAAAUCACCACCGCGCCGAGAAAAAUGGAGCGAGAAGCACAUCCGCCGACUCCUACAUGAUCGACGCCUCACUUCGCUCAACAUGUCCGGUGCUGCGCUCGCUUGUGUUGCGUCCUUGUGAGUCCAUUCUGUACAAAGGAGCAUCCAUAAGCACCUGAGAUUGCUGCCGAAUUACCGAGAAGGAGUGAGGGGACCGGUCGGUGCCAACAAGUCCGGAUCUACUCGAACACAACACCGGCAAAUCGAGAGGAGGUUUAUAUUUUAGACGUUUUUCUACCUGGAGUCGUUUUCACAUUCGCUAAAAGUGACCUGUACUGGAAUAAUGCAUGCGGGAAACGACAGCUUUUUUUCGUCCAUUAUGAUCGGGGUCGACAAAAGGAUGUUUUGUUGCGACUGUGCAACCCACGGCAAGUGUGUGUCAUCCAUUAGUGCUCCUGAGCAGGUCCUCUGAAGGCCUCCUGUAAACACACUCUCUGCUUUGUUGUCCAGAUAAGACUCUGUUGGCCUGAGACAAAUAAGACAUAAAUAUGGUGGAGCCGGUGGGAUUCAUUGAGGCGUGGAAGGCUCAGUUCCCAGAGUCGGAGCCCCCCAGAAUGGAGCUGAGGUCCGUGGGGGGUAUCGAACAGGAGCUGGAGCGAUGCAAGGCAUCCAUCAGGCGGCUAGAGCAGGAGGUGAACAAGGAGCGCUUCCGCAUGAUCUACCUGCAGACCCUCCUGGCCAAGGAGAGGAAGAGCUACGACAAGCAGCGCUGGGGCUUCCGGAAGACGCCGCUCAAUGAAGGGGUGGACCCCGCCGCCUCUCAGGGGGCAGAGUCCCAGCAGCCGCACAUGCAGGAGACCGGAGGGGUGGGUUGUGGCAUCGGGGGCGGGUACCCGACCGUUGGAGACAGAAGUCGCUACCAGCCCCACGGUGAUGGAACAGGCAGAUCCAAACCUAGACCCCCGCCGGCGAGGAAGUCGGCCUCCCACGGCGAUGGGCUGGAGUCGGCUUUCGAGGUGCCUCCGCAGGCCGAGUCUACCUCCUGCGACAACCUGGACGGCCUCUCGCCCUCCAAGCAAAGAGGGGGCAUCUCCGUGUCGCCAAGAAGGCCGACUCUCCCGCCCCCGGACAAGGAGCUGCCUUGCGACCCCAACGACAAGCUGGGCAUGGGGCUCGGUGUGGCCGCCCUGAGGUCCAACUUUGAACGAAUCAAGCGUGCCAACUCUCAUUCUGUGGGCGAUAAAGGUCAAGAAAAGCAGAAGCCACCGCCUCCUUUCUACACCAACAUGGAGUUCCACCACGACCGGGGCCUGGUCCGGGUCAACGACCGCGAGGUCUCUGACAAGAUCAGCUCCUUGGGGACUCAGGCCAUGCAGAUGGAGAGGAAGAGAUCCCUGCACUCCCUCCCGGGGAAUCUCGCCACCGUGGCGGGGGAGCUCCGUGCCAGGCCUGUGUAUCGGGGGCGGUCCACCGAGAGCACCUGUGGGUAUGACGCGGAGUAUGAAGAUGGAGACCCCAAUCAGAGAACUAGAUCCAAUGGUGGUAAACCUCCGCCACCGCCUUGGCAACCCUCUGACUUCCAGGCCUACUCCAGCGUCUACGUCGGCGGGGUCAUGAUGGGCGAGGGCGGCGUCGGCGGGGAUGGGCGAGUCCAAAUGAGAGACCACAGCGGAGGCGCAGCUGACGACCACCUCCUCACGUGGCCCCGUCGCUCAUACUCCCCGGGUAGCUUCGAGGAUGUCGGCGGGGGCGGCGGCUACACGCCGGACUGCAGCUCCAACGAGAACCUGACGUCCAGCGAGGAGGACUUCUCGUCGGGGCAGUCCAGCCACGUGUCGCCCAGCCCCACCACCGCCUUCCGCAGACCCUUCCGCGAGAAGAGCCGCUCGCCGUCGCAGAACUCCCAGAACUCGCAGCACUCAUUUGACAGCAGCAGCCCGCCGACGCCGCAGUCGCAGAAGCGCCACCACCGACAGCAGGGCGGCCACGUGGUCAUGUCCGAGGCCACCAUCGUCAGUGUGCGCAAGACGGGGCAAAUAUGGCCGCCGGCUGUGCACCACGACCUCAUGCCCCAUCACGGCAGAGCGUCGCAUGACAACAGUUACCAUGGAGACCACCUGGAUGGCCAUUACACCGGGACGCCGCCCUCUUACGGCUACGACGCCGACCGCGCAGAGGAGCAGCGGCGGCACCACGACAUCCUCCCGUACAUCGACGACUCGCCUUCGUCGUCGCCUCACCUGAGCUCCAAGAGCCGCAGCAGUCGGGACACGCUCUCAUCGGGAUCGCUGGAGUCCUCUAAGUCGACGGAGUGUGACCUGGAGAAAGGUCUGGAAAUGAGGAAGUGGGUCCUGUCUGGAAUUUUGGCCAGCGAAGAAACAUACCUCAGUCACCUGGAGGCGCUGCUGCUGCCCAUGAAACCUCUGAAGGCGGCGGCCACCACGUCGCAGCCCGUGCUCUCCGUGGCCCAGAUCGAAACCAUCUUCUUCAAAGUGCCUGAGCUCUACGAGAUCCACAAGGAGUUCUACGACGGGCUCCUGCCCCGCGUCCAGCAGUGGAGUCACCACCAGAGGGUCGGGGAUCUUUUCCAAAAACUGGCCAGCCAGUUGGGCGUUUACCGGGCAUUUGUGGAUAACUACGAGCUGGCGGUGGAGACGGCCGAGAAGUGCUGCCAGGCCAACACACAGUUUGCCGAAAUAUCGGAGAACCUGAAGGUGAGGAGCCCCAAAGACUGCAAGGAGCCCACAGCCAAGAACUCCCUGGAGGCUUUGCUUUACAAACCAGUGGACAGAGUGACGCGCAGCACGCUGGUGCUUCACGACCUCCUCAAGCACACGCCCGCUAGCCACCCGGACCACCCGCUGCUUCAGGACGCGCUACGCAUCUCACAGAACUUCCUGUCCAGCAUCAAUGAGGAGUCCACGCCACGAAGGCAGCUGAUGACGGUCAAGAAGGGCGAGAACCGCCAGCUGCUGAGGGACAGUUUCAUGGUGGAGCUGGUGGAGGGAGCCAGGAAGCUGCGACACGUCUUCCUCUUCACCGACCUGCUGCUCUGCGCCAAACUCAAGAAACAAAUCGCCGGUAAAAACCAACAGUACGACAGUAAGUGGUACAUCCCGUUGAGCGAACUCGCCUUCCAGGGACCCGAGGAGGCCGAGCCCCUCACCGUCCCGCAAGUCCCCGACGAGGAGUUGGACGCCAUGAAGGUGAAGAUCUCCCACCUCCGCAGUGAGCUCCAGCGAGAGAAGAGCGCUAACAAGGGCUCGAAGGUCAUCGACCGUCUCAGGAAGAAGCUGUCCGAGCAGGAGUCUCUGCUGCUCUUGACGUCUCCCAGCAUGCACCUUCGAGUUUACAACAAGAACGGCAAGAGCUACAGCUUCCUGAUUUCAUCCGACUAUGAACGAGCAGAAUGGAAAGAGCUCAUCAAGGAGCAGCAGAAGAAAUGUUUUAAAGCCUCUUCGUUAACGUCCAUGGAACUUCAAAUGCUGACCAACUCGUGUGUCAAGCUGCAGACGGUCCAUCACAUCCCGCUAAGUAUCAACAAGGAAGAGGAUGAAGCGCCGGGUCUCUACGGCUUCCUGAAUGUAAUCGUCCACUCCGCCUCCGGCCUCAAACAGAGCUUGAAUCUGUAUUGCACAUUGGAGGUGGACUCUUUCGGCUUCUUUUCCAAUAAAGCCAAGACGAGAGUGUAUCGAUACACCACUGAACCCAAAUGGAACGAGGAGUUCGAGAUCGAGCUGGAGGGCUCGCAGACCCUGCGGCUGCUCUGCUACGAGAAGUGCUACAACAAGACCAAGCAGAACAAAGAGGACGGCGAGAGCACGGACCGCAUCAUGGGGAAAGGACAGAUCCCGCUGGACCCGCAAACUCUGCAAGGCAAAGAUUGGCAAAGGACGGUCAUUCCCAUGAACGGGAUCGAGGUCAAACUAUCCAUGAAGUUCACCAGCCGGGAGUUCAGCCUGAAGAGAAUGCCCUCCAGGAAACCCAUGGGCGUCUUCGGAGUCAAGAUCUCCACCGUGACCAAACGCGAGCGUUCCAAGGUGCCCUACAUCGUCCGCCAGUGCCUGGAGGAGAUUGAGCGGCGGGGGAUGGAGGAAGUGGGCAUCUACCGGGUGUCCGGGGUGGCCACCGACAUCCAGGCCCUGAAGACAGCCUUCGACACCAACAACAAAGACGUGUCUGUGAUGAUGAGCGAAAUGGACGUCAACGCCAUCGCCGGUACCUUGAAGCUGUACUUCCGCGAGCUGCCGGAGCCGCUCUUCACCGACGAGCUCUACCCCAAUUUUGCAGGCGGCAUCACGCUGUCGGACAGCGUGGCCAAGGAGAGCUGCAUGUUGAACCUGCUGCUGUCGCUACCGGAGCCCAACUUGGUCACCUUCCUUUUCCUUUUGGACCACCUGAAAAGGGUGGCAGAGAAGGAGUGCGUCAACAAGAUGUCCCUCCACAAUCUGGCCACCGUGUUCGGUCCCACCCUCUUGAGGCCCGCCGAGAAGGACAGCAAGAUCCCCGCUAACCCCACCCAGCCUAUCAGCAUGGGGGACAGCUGGUCCCUGGAAGUCAUGGCACAGGUCCAGGUUCUGCUGUACUUCCUGCAGCUGGAGACCAUCCCCACCCCCGACAGCAAACGACAGAGCAUCCUCUUCUCCACCGAGGUCUAAAGACUACUUUGCUUACCUCAAACCUGGACCGUGAAGGACUCAAAGUGAGCCUGGCAGGAGAGGAAAGGGUUUUUUCCUCCCCUGACCACUAGAGGGUAGCGGUGAACCUCUAGCCGCGUCUGUCAGUUAUCCGUACGUUCUUCUUCCGUCUGCAUUCCUUCAAGGGAUCUCAUCCUCCGCACCAGACGUGUCCAUCUCCUACAUUUCCAGACAUCAUCUCAGCAAGGACGCGGAAUAUCCAACGUUCCUGCUUCUUAUGUCUGUUUACAAGGUAAACAAACCACAGCCGCUUGAAGGAAUUAUUGAAGGAAGGUGUUUACAGUAGAUCCCUGCUAUUCCUGCUGACACAGCGAUGCUAGCAAACAAUGGCCAUGAAAACUCCACUCUACUCACGGUUGCUACAGAUCCUUUUCAUUGGACCUUUGCGGGCAUCCAGGGGUGUCCAAACUUUUUAUACCGAGGGCCGCUUACGGAAAAAAUCAGAAGAUUUUUAUUUUAUUUUAUUUUAUUUUAUUUUAUUUUAUUUUAUUUUAUUUUAUUUUAUUUUAUUUUAUUUUAUUUUAUUUUAUUUUAUUUUAUUUUAUUUUAUUUUAUUUUAUUUUAUUUUAUUUUAUUUUAUUUCUGCCAACCUAAGCAGUUACUGUAUAUACAGUAUAUUCAGCUAAGAAGUCAUAUAUGCUUAAAGCUUACAUGUGGAAUUUUUUUUUAAUUUAUUUACAAAUACUUCAACUUUCAACUUGGAAUAUUUGGACUUUAUUCUCGUGGUAUUAAAAUCACCCCCCCCCCCCCCCAACCCUAAUUUUGUUAAAUCUUUACAUUUAUUCUUUUUUUUUUAUAAUAUUGCAAAUUUUAAGAUGGAAUAUUUCAACUUGUAACAUAUUUUUAACUCAUAAUAUCAACAUUUUUUUGCUGUUUUUUUAUUUACUUUUUAAAUUUUAUUUAUAUUUUUUUUAUAUAUGUUGAUGGCCAAAUGUUUUUGCGUUUGUUUUUUUUUUUUGCAAUUUUUUCUGUAUCCCAGGCCUUGAGCACCAACGUAUGGAUUCCUUCUUGCAACUGCUACGUUUAAAUUUUUUAAUCAAAUAUAUUCUGCCAAUUUUCUUGAAUUUUUGAGGGCUUUAACAUGCAGGGAAAUCUCAUCAGUUUUGUUUGUUGAACGAGAACCCCCCCAAAACUCACUCAGUAGCACCCCCCUUUCAACCUCGACCAACAGUUUCACAGAACGUUCCGAAAUUUGGUGGCGACAUCAAUCAUAUCAGAACAUGAAAAAAAGUCUGAAGACGCCUUCCAAAUCAAACAGGAAGUCAGAUAUUUUCGUUUCUGGCGGCAAUUUUGGGGCAAAAUUAGGGGUUGUGUUUGAGUGAACUAGUCCUCCACACUUUGGUAGUAGGACCCCUAAACUACCUGGGGGUGCUUGCAGCUUUAAUUUUAUAUUUUCUUUUUUUUUUUUUUAAUGAAGGCUAAUAAAAACAAUUCAAACACACAGACCAGAUAUAGGCCCCGGGCCAGACUUUGGACACCCCUGGUAUACGGCAAUGUAUAGAGAUGCUCGAUAUUAGCUUUCUUAUCGAUAUUACACAACAUCACCUCUUGUUAAGCAUCUUCAUGCUGGAAAAGGUUGGCUUGUAAGACAGCGCCCUCUGCUGGAUUUGUAGUUGCAGCACUAUUUUCCAUCAAGCCACUUUCUGGUUAAUUUACCGUUUUUAAUUAGGAAUAACGGCGAAUAAGCGGGGAUCUACUGUACCGGUAUUCCCAGAGUACUACACUUCACAGCCUGCCAUUUUUCCCCGCUGUUUUACGUGAACGAUCCACAGGAAGUGAUGUAUUUUCUACCUUGUUCCAUCGAGUGGGGUGGUUGGUUCCUCGUUGUACAUACUCUUAAAGUCUGUCUUUAAGAUCUUUAUAAUCUAAGAUGUUGAGUGUAAUUUAUUCCUGUUUUUUCUAUGUGCGUACUUUAGGGGUUUUUGGACGAGGCGGGUGGUUUUAGUUAGCCUUGAACGUGUCUCGCCGUCAACAGAAGCAGGAUGUUAGCCUUCUUAUUCAUUCCUCUGCAGCCUUUUUAUUGCUUCUUUCGCCGCCACGGCGACGUACUUGAAUGCUGCUCUUUAUUUAUUUUCUCUGCUCCGUCUCGCAUCCAGACGUCAUCUCUCUCAUUAGCGGGUGGCAGGAGGGUUUUGCAUCCUUGCUAGCUCAGACGCCAUCAUGUUUGAGCAUUCAAACAGCCAUCAACAGCAACGUAAAACACGCUGAUGAAUAACUCACCACCAUUACGGCGUUAUCGUGAAUGCUCCAAUUGUUGCCAGACGUCCAUUAUGCUUUUUUGUUCUCGUAAAUUACGACUUUUUAUAUAAAAUGAAUUUUUUUUUAGGUAUGACUUUCAUUCAUUCAUUUUCUACCGCUUAUCCUCACGAGGGUCGCGGGCGUGCUGGAGCCUAUCCCAGCUGUCUUUCAGACAACCCUGAACUGGUGGCCAGCCAAUCACAGGGCACAUAUAGACAAACAACCAUUCACACUCACAUUCAUACCUAUGGACAAUUUAGAGUGGCCAAUUAACCUAGCAUGUUUUUGGAAUGUGGGAGGAAACCGGAGUACCCGGAGAAAACCCACGCAUGCACAGGGAGAACAUGCAAACUCCACACAGAGAUGGCCGAGGGUGGAUUCGAACUCGCCUGCGAGCUAACCACUCGGCUGCCGUGCAGCUGUUUUUUUUCCUUAUUUCCCCUAAAAUUUACAGUUGUUCUUGUGAAAUUACAAUUUUUUUUUGUAAAAUUAUAACCUAUUUCCGAUUAAAUUUUCAUCAUAAAUUGUCAUAAAAUUAAAACAAAUAUUUUUAGGCAUGUCCAAUAUUGGCUUUUUUGCCGAAAAACAAUAUCGUCCAACUCUCAAUUUCCAAUACCGAUAUGUGUAACAUGACAUACAACACAUAUGUGUCGUAUACAUUUUUUAAAUAUCAGUUUUCAUAAUCGGGAAAAAUUCUGACACCCAUAUAAAAUAUUUAUACUGAUAAUUAUCAGUAGCUAUAAUUAUUAGUCAUCCCUACUUAUUUCCCAUAAAAUGCAUUGACGUUUUUCCUUGUAAAAGCCAGAAUGGAGCUGUUAAUUGGAGCAUCUGCGGUACAUAAUUAUCGGCGCAUGUGCACACUUUGUAGAGUAGAACAUUAAAAUCAUAAAACACCAAAAAUGUUGAGCGUGUAACUUUGGCGACAAAGUUUAACACACAACAUUGGUGACUAACAUUAGCACAACUUCGGUGGCUAUAUGGCAGCACACAAAUUUGGUGACUAAUGUUAGCAUGCGACUUUAGUGACUAACGUUAGCACAAAAGUUUGGUGAAGAACGGUAGCACACAACUUAAGUGACUAACAUUAGCACACGAAUUUGGUGACUAACGUUACCACACAACUUUAGUGACUAAUGUUAAGCACACAACUUUGGUGACUAACGUUAGUACACAACUUUGGUGAUUAACGUUAGUACACAACUUUGGUGAUUAACAUUAGCACACAAAUUUGGUCACUAACAUUAACACACAACUUUAGUAACUAACGUUAGCACACAACUUUGGUGAUUAACAUUAGCACACAAAUUUGAUGACUAACAUUAGCACACAACCUUAUUGACUAACGUUAGCACACAAAUUUGGUAACUAACAUUGGCACACAAAUUUGAUGACUAACGUUAGCACACAACUUUAGUGACUAACAUUAGCACACAAAUUUGGUAACUAACAUUAGCACACAACUUUGGUGACUAACGUUAGCACACAACUUUGGUGACUAACGUUAGCACACAAAUUUGAUGACUAACAUUAGCACGCAACUUUGGUGACCAACGUUAGCACACAACUUUAGUGACUAACGUUAGCACACAACUUUGGUGACUAACGUUAGCACACAAAUUUGAUGACUAACAUUAGCACGCAACUUUGGUGACCAACGUUAGCACACAACUUUAGUGACUAACGUUAGCACACAACUUUGGUGACUAACAUGAGCACACAAAUUUGGUGACUAACAUUAGCACGCAACUUUGGUGACCAACGUUAGCGCACAACUUUAGUGACUAACGUUAGCACACAACUUUGGUGACUAACAUUAGCACACAAAUUUGGUAACUAAAGUUAGCACACAAAUUUGGUAACUAACGUUAGCACACAACUUUAGUGACUAACAUUAGCACACAAAUUUGGGAACUAACAUUAGCACACAACUUUGGUGACUAACAUUAGCACACAAAUUUGAUGACUAACAUUAGCACACAACUUUAGUGACUAACGUUAGCACACAACUUUGGUGAUUAACAUUUGCAGACAAAUUUGGUGACUAACGUUAGCACACAACUUUAGUGACUAACAUUAGCACACAAAUUUGGUGACUGAUGUUAGCAUACAAAUUUGGUGACUGAUGUUAGCACACAACUCUGGUGACUAACGUUAGCACACAAAUUUGGUGACUAAUGUUAGCAUUCAACUUUGGCGACUGAUGUUAGCACACAACUUUGGUGAUUAACAUUAGCACACAAAUUUGGUGACUAACGUUAGCACACAACUUUAGUGGCUAACGUUACCACGCAAAUUGAGUGGCUAAUGUUAGCAGCUUGAGCGACUAAAGUCAACACGGCAACAUUGAUGACUAAUGUUAGCACAUAGCUUGAGCGACUAACAUCAGCACACAACUUUGAUGACGAACGUUAGCACAUGGCUUUAGAGACUAACGUGAGCACACAACCUUAAUGGCUAACGUUAGCGCCCAGCAUAGGCAAGAGGCCGAUCCAAGGGAGAUGCUGUCCUUGUUAGGAUCCUUUAUCCCAUCCAAACAUGAAAAUGAAUGAAUGAUAAGCCCAUAGUGAUGUUUUGGUGAUUAACAUGCAGGCAUGUUGUUUUCCAUUGGUAUUUUUGUAGUAGUAUUUAUUCCAGCCCCUUCAUCAUUACUACUCAUGGAGUAUCCUGUAGUACAGCAUAUGCAGUACAUAUCUCCAUUUCUCUGCUUUAAUGAUUGGGAAAAAAGCAUAUCAAAGGUUUUUUUUUAAAAUGCAUGCUCGUAGACGGCCACCAUGUAUCCCAUCGGACAUCUUGUAGGUUUUUUUUGGAAUGAAAGCACAACCAGGUCGUUUGAUCCACGCGUUUCCUAGAAAAAGUGUGAAAUUGGACGCGAGCGCUGCCAUCUUUGGUGCGUGUUUCUAUCCAUGCGUCCGUAAAUGUCGGGUAGAUCCAUCAGGUGGCGACACGUCCUUUUCCGCCUUGCUGUGUGUAGCAUGCGUUUCUACGUCUACGUCCCGAUUGCCUACACUUCUCGUAAUGACCCUGUCGUGCCUCAAAACACACACACACACACACACACACACACGCUUUUCUUUGGCUUGACAGUGCAAACUUUCCUUGUUGCCUUUUUUUGCUGAGCACAUUUUCUUCUAGACUAAGACAGGACCUUUCAAAGUCUCAAUAAACAGUCUUAGCUGGUCCGCUUUGCCCCCCCACCCCCCCCCCCCCCCCCUCCUUUCUAACGCUGAAAUUCUUGCCCGUGUCCUUAUCUCGACUCCCUUAAAUGCCUUUUGACGCCGAUUUAUUUAUGCUCUGUCUCGGAGUAGAAGGUCUGCUGGAUCUAUUUAUUUAUGGGAAUAUCCUGGAGGAAGACGUUCAUGUUUCUUGUUGCGUUUGUCGUCGUCGGUGGUGUUGAAAUAAAACAAGACUGGACACUGUGAUUGUUGGGGGCGAGGCAUCAAGGGUACACCGCAACUGGUUUGAUGUGUUGUUUUAUCGCCGGCACAACGGAGGAAGGCGUUUUCAGGGCCGCACUCAAAAGACAAAAACAGAUUCCUGAUGUCGGUGAUAUAUCCGUAAAAGCGGCAAGGCCAUGAAAAGAAACCGGUCCUGUCGUCAGGAUGAAUCAGUUUUAAAGUUUUUUAAAAGUCUGAACCGCUAGCGUCCCAUUCCCCGUUACACCAAAGCCCCCGCAGCAGUCCUUGUAAUAUUUCCAAUUAAGAAAAUAAAAAAAUAAGUCUUUGUAUUUUAAAGAACCAUAAAAUUGCAAGGAAAAUUACAAUUUUUUUCCUCUAAAAUUACAAUUUUUUUCCUCUAAAAUUACAUUUUUGUGUGUAAAUUUACAACUUGUUGUCCUCAUAAAUAGCCUUUUUUUUUGCUUAUAAAAUUAUGACUUUGUCAUUAUAAAUUGAAAAGCUUUGUCUCAUAAAAUUAUGCCUUUUUUCAUAAAAUUACAUCAUUUUUUUCAUGUAAAAUACAGUUUAAAAAUCACUACUUUUUUUCUAAAAUGUUCUAAAUUCUCCUAUUAUUGUGAAUUUUGUUUGUUCUUUCGGCUUUUUCGCCACAGUGGAUCUUUUCAUCCCCAUACUGAUUUUUGGUUUGAGCCCUUUUAUAUUCCGGAUGCACUUCCUGACGAAUACCGAUGGUCCUCACUCGUGGAGAUUUUCUCACAAAAAAUCGGAAUUUUUCCUCAUAAAUUUUUCUUCCACUUUUACGUCUUCAAAUUAUGACUUUGUCUGUAAAAUAAUUUUCCAAAUCUUAUAUUAUGACUUAAAUGAGGAAUUUUUUGUCCUGAUAGAAUUAUGACCUUUUAUAUUUUCUUUUAAAAUUGGGUGUCAUAAAAUGAUGACUUUUGUCUCAUACAUUAAGACUGCUUUUGCUCAAAAAAAACAAUAUAUAUAUGUCUUUUUUUUAAUUAUGACAAUUUUCAUUAAAAAUGACAACUUCUUUCCCUAAAAAUAUUUUUUUUUUCAAAAUUAAGAUUUUACUUUAAAAUGACAACUUCUUUGUCAUUAUUAAUGUUUUCACAUAUACAGUAUUUUUGUGAUAAAAUUACAACUUUUACUUUUGAAAUUGCAAUAUUAUUUGUUAUAAAAUUGGCUUUUUUUGUAAAAUAGUGUCUCUAAAAAUAGCCCCAUUUUCCCCGAAAACAGAUCAUUUGUGAUCCGUUACCAGAAAAAGUUGUCAUUUAUGAGAGAAAAAAAUCAUUUUUGGAAAUUUUUUCUCAUCAAUAACAACUUUUGCUGUUAAAUUAUUAAUCUCAUAAUAUUAAGAAUUAAAUUCAGAAUUUUUCUGUUUUCUUUCAAAAUGGCAACUUUUAAAGUAAUUUAAAAAAAUCUCAUAUUAUGAUUUACAUAAGGACUAUUUUCAUCAUAUUUUAUGAUUAUUAUAAAAAAAAACAAUUCUAACAAUAUGCAUGUAAAAAAGUGGCAUUUUUUUCUCCCACAAUUGCCACUUUUGACUUAAAAAUUGAGCCUUUUUCUGCUGAGAUUACAACUUUUCUCCCAUAAAAUUAGGACUUUUGCAAAUAUUUUAUAGGAUUAUGACCAUUUUCUCAUCCUUUUUCAUCAUUUCAUGAUAUCCAAAUAUCUGCGGCAACUUUCCCUCAUAACUCAUAUAAUAAAAAUACUACCUAAAUAGUAUUUUCAUUUUUGUAGUCUUUGACCCCCACUAAAUUACACUACUUUAUGCUAAUAAUUUGACUUUUCAACAUAAAUUAUUUUUUUUUUCUUGCAAAAUGAUGACUUUUUGGGUUAUUUCUUCCUGUAGUAUUUUAUUUCUUUUGAGUGCGGCCCUAGAGAACGAGAGAGAGAGAGAGAGAGAGAGAGAGAGAGAGAGAGAGAGAGAGAAAUGAUGGUGGUUAUUGUGCAUGUAUACUUUUGUCAUACAUAAAACACCAGAGUUUGGUGCAUAAUUAAAAGUCAACGUUCAGGAGAUGAUGAUGAAGGACUUGAAAUGCUCCGUGACACGUCAAUCUUGUUGUAGAUUAUGGAUUAUGGAUUAUAGACGACUUCAAAUGCUCCAUGACGCUGUGGUCGGCGAAUUCAAGCCGAUGAUGCCGACUGCAAACUCUCUCUUUUUUCUACCCCCACGUCCCCCCACGGUUGGACUCUCGUUCUGCCCGUACACGGCGUCAACUCUGAGGACGAACACGUUUGGAAGCAUUUGCAGCUGAUGUUUGUACACAAACGAUGAAUAAAAAAAACUCCUGUAUAUACAGUA